AUGGUGCUUGACACAACAAUCCCAGGCAUCACUGUGGACGCUGAUUUGAUCCUUGAGGUGAACAUCCCAGUCUCCAGCUUAUCACCAUUUGACCUUAAUGUUGUCAGAGACACUCUGAGACUGUUCAGCUUCCCCUACACUGUCAACCAGACUUUAAAAGUAACAGGAGUAAAUUUGACCACAGUUGAAGAGAGAAAGUUCUCGUUUGUCAUGGACUUGGAUUACGAUCCUGCCUUCAACAACCCCAGCAAUAACGUUUAUCAAGCUGUUAAUGACACUAUUCAAGAGCAAAGUAGGAAGCACAUCUCAACCUUUAAAUCAGCUACAUUAACAAGAUUCAGGAGCGGGAGCACCAUCGUGGAUUAUAGCGUCACAGCAACUUCUUUUGGAGACAGUGAAAUCAAAGCACUAGAAAUUGGGGUAUUUACAAAACUGGCAGAAAACUUUACUAUGAUAUUUGACAGUCCUACAUCCAUACAAUUUGAUCCCCCUUUUUUGGGAAGAAGUGUGACUUUGACUUGUGGUCCAAUACCAMCUUUUCUCAACUUCAGUGGCAGCUGGACUGCAGAGUGGAGACRUAACGGCGACUUAAUAUCUGAAGAUAGUGAACACAGUUUUGCGAAAACCAGCGAAGGCGCAACAUUAACAGUGUCAAGGUUUAUUGAGGCUGACAAUG